CUAUAAGAUGGUAUCUAUCUGAUCUCACUUGCCUCCGGAUCGACAUUUUGAGUCAGCACUCACUCAGCAACUCAAAUCCCCAUAAAAGGGAAGAAAAUCAACAAAAAAAAGAAAAAUCAAAUCAGAAGAUGCUUCUCCGAACUACUCUCCAGCAAGGGAAAAACAAUCUCAGGCCUCGUUUUCUCCGUUGUUUGUUAUCAACUAUGUCAUCAUCUACUCACCCUCCUAGAGUACCAAAUCUAAUUGGAGGAUCUUUCGUUGACUCUCAAGCAUCUUCACAUAUCGAUGUCAUAAACCCUGCAACCCAAGAAGUUGUUUCUCAAGUCCCAUUGACAACUAAGGAUGAGUUCAAGGCCGCUGUGUCCGCUGCGAAGCAAGCUUUUCCUUCUUGGAGAAACACCCCCAUCACCACUCGUCAGCGUGUUAUGCUCAAGUUUCAAGAGCUUAUCCGUAAAAACAUGGAUAAACUUGCUUUGAGCAUUACAACCGAGCAAGGGAAGACCUUAAAGGAUGCACAUGGUGAUAUCUUCCGUGGGCUAGAGGUUGUGGAGCAUGCUUGUGGAAUGGCAACUCUACAGAUGGGUGAAUAUGUCCCCAAUGUGUCAAACGGAGUUGAUACGUAUAGUCUUAGGGAGCCAUUAGGUGUCUGUGCUGGCAUUUGUCCUUUCAACUUUCCUGCUAUGAUUCCUUUAUGGAUGUUUCCCAUUGCGGUGACAUGUGGCAAUACCUUUGUCUUAAAGCCAUCAGAGAAGGAUCCUGGUGCUUCUGUAAUGCUUGCGGAGCUCGCAAUGGAAGCUGGACUACCUGACGGGGUUCUUAAUAUCGUUCACGGUACCAAUGAUACUGUGAAUGCUAUCUGUGAUGAUGAUGAUAUCAGGGCUGUGUCCUUUGUUGGCUCAAACACUGCUGGAAUGCAUAUAUAUGCAAGAGCAGCAGCGAAAGGCAAACGUAUUCAGUCAAAUAUGGGGGCGAAAAAUCAUGGAGUUGUCCUGCCUGAUGCCAACGUCGACGCUACUUUGAAUGCGCUACUUGCUGCUGGAUUUGGUGCCGCUGGACAGAGAUGCAUGGCUCUGAGUACAGUGGUCUUUGUUGGCAGUUCAAAAUCAUGGGAGGAUAAACUUGUCGAGCGAGCUAAAGCCCUUAAAGUCACAUGUGGAACAGAGCCAGAUGCAGACCUGGGUCCUGUGAUUAGUAAACAGGCCAAAGAACGGAUAUGUCGCUUGAUUCAGUCUGGUGUGGACGAUGGUGCUAAACUGUUGCUUGACGGAAGAAAUAUUGUGGUUCCUGGAUACGAGAAAGGGAAUUUUAUCGGUCCUACCAUUAUAUCUGGUGUUACCCCGGACAUGGAGUGUUACAAGGAAGAAAUAUUUGGCCCCGUUCUUGUAUGCAUGGAGGCAAGCAGCUUUGAUGAAGCCAUAGACAUACUGAAUAGAAACAAGUAUGGGAACGGUGCUGCAAUUUUCACUGCAUCGGGCGCUGCGGCAAGAAAGUUCCAGAUGGAAAUAGAAGCAGGACAGAUCGGUAUAAACGUUCCAAUCCCGGUUCCGUUACCGUUCUUCUCCUUUACUGGGAACAAAGCUUCAUUUGCAGGAGACCUGAAUUUCUAUGGCAAAGCUGGAGUAGACUUUUUCACUCAGAUCAAGACUGUGACACAACAGUGGAAGGAUAUUCCGACUUCAGUAUCUCUUGCCAUGCCUACAUCGCAGAAGCACUAAAUAAAACCCAACCUCGCUAUUUUCGUUUUGGAUUUCUCGAAAUAAUAAAUGAAUUGUAUCCAUUUUGAGUUAAUAUCACUUCCGUUUACGUAGUCACAUGCGUAAAAUAAAUAAACACUUCGUUUUGAUUUUA